CUGCAGCGGAUGGAACAGGGUGAGUCAGAGGACAGGAAGCAGAACACUGACUGGAACUCGGGAACAUUCUCACACACAGAACACUAGAACAAACACUGAAACAGAGGAGCGCAGAACAGGGGACUCCUCUAGGACCACAGUGGUUAGCACGGCUCGGCUCGGCUCACAUUUAAAUGGACGAGCGGACCCCGACAGACUCAGGAAGUGACCGAGAGGAGAAUGUGAAGAACUGACCAGACCAAGAUGUGCUCCACGGGAAACAGCUCAGAGCUGCAGCCGACAUCCUCCGACCCGGCUCUGAUCCUGGAACUGAAGACCAGGCGUCCCCCGUCCCUGGAGGGCCGGGCGGGAUGCGAGACCUGGAGCGUGGACUUCUCCCCAGAUGGAGCCUGGUUCGCCUGGUCCAUGGGACACGGGAUGGUGUGGGUGGUCGCCUGGCCUCUGGACUCUGAAGACACUCAGAAUGGAGACACAGACCGAGCAGACAAGAGCUUCAGCUGUGGUCACCCAGUGUGGGGACUCGCCUUCGGGCCCAAACCCCCGAAAUCAGCUGCGACAACCUGCAGAGACAAAAAACCACCAAAGGGACAUAAGAACAACAGCCUGCUACUGGCCACAGGUCUGGAGAAUGGGGUGAUUAAGAUCUGGAAUGUCCUGACAGGUGAUGCUGUGUUCGAUCUCCAUGGCCAUGAAGGCGUGGUGAGACAUCUGGUCUUCCCUCAAAAUGGCACGCUCACGCUCAUAUCAUCAUCCCGAGACAAGACGCUGAGGAUCUGGGACCUGGCUCAUAAAGGUAAAAAGGUGCAGGUGCUGUCUGGACAUAAGGACUGGGUGAGCUGCUGCUGCGUCUCCUCAGACUGCAGCAUGAUCGCAUCCGUUGGACGCUUUGACAGAAUGGUCAGUCUGUGGAGUCUGCGGUCCUAUACGUUCAUCAGGAACCUGACCGGAGGGGCCCAUAAGACCCUGUACCUGCUGUCCUCCUGUGACUUCUCCCCUGAUGGGGCGCUGCUCGCCACGGCGGCCUUCAGCGGGUCCAGCUGGUGGAUCGACCUGUGGGACCCUUACACUGCACAGAAACUGGCCACACUGGUUUUUAUCCAUAGUGACUACUUUGAAGACUACGGGCAAAACCAAAUCUCAGCAAUACAGUUCUCCCCCAACGGUUUACACCUGGCAAUUGUAACUGACGACAGAGCCCUUCGGAUCUGGGAACCAGGAAAGAGAGGCAUGGUGAUGCAGACCAAACCAGACCGAGACUCCAACGGCCUGUGCUGCAACUACCAUCCAGAAGGGGGCGUUGUCGCCACAGGAACCAGAGACGGUCAUGUGAGGUUCUGGAGGGCCCCCAGGACGGUGCCCAGCCUGAGCCACCUGUGCAGAUCCAUCCUGCGCCACUCGGUCUCCACCCACCAGAUGGAGCCGCUGCCCCUCCCCAAGAGGAUCCUGGAGUACCUCACCUACAGAAACAUCCCCGACCGCCUCAGAACCGGCUGCUCCUCGGACGAAGACGACUGGGAGACUUAGAUGGGAACUUAACACUCAGUGCAAUGAAUGAUAUUUACGGCGAGUGAUUGUUCUACAGUUAUUAAAAAAAAAA